CGUAGAGGGAAUUUUAUUUUGGUGGGUGAGGCUCUCUAGCAACAGCACCGAUUUCAUUAUCUACGCCAAAAAUUCGGUCCUUUAAUGAUAUUACGCGACAAUGGUGUUGCGAUACGGCGUCACGUUACGCGUGAGUGUUGCGAGUGUGUACACGCCUUUUGCGAGGCGAUGCUACUACGACGAGACGCAAAUGCUCGACAUUAAUGCAGGUCUAUGCUUGAGCAUUAGCCGCCCGUGAGUCACGUAGCCGAUUAAUGUUGUUCGUAACGUAAAUCAUUCGUUUAUAUUAUUCAGUAUUAUUCGUUUGUUUAGUAUUAAAAAAAAAAAAAAACAUUUUAAUAUGAAGUGGAACGAAGAAAACACUAUUCGAUUUAUUGAAAUUUAUCGAAAUAAAGAAAUACUAUGGAAUUCCAAACACCCUCAGCACUACAACAAAAUUAUAAGGCAUGAUGUUUGGCUAGACGUUUCUAAAGAAAUUGGCUUUACAGUUGAUGAAUGUAGAAGGAAAAUUAAUGGUUUACUAUCAGCAAUGAGGCGUGAAAAAUCUAAAAUUAAAAAAAACCUCAGAAGCGGAAGAGACGCAUAUGAAACAUACAAAAGCUCGUGGUAUGCUUAUAACAGUAUGAAGUUUCUUUGGGAUAAGGAUACACCUUGUCAAAUAACGAGUUCAAUACCGAAUGAAAAAGAGAUAGAUAUUAAUGAAAACACAGUCACAGAUAAUGUAGAAUGUGAUGUAUUGGCCACACCGACAUCUUCACCGUGCUCGUCUUUACCACCACCGUCCCAACCAAUUAUAAAAAAAAGAAAAACGACAGAAGACUCUCGGUUGGAUAAAGCUUUUGAACUUUUAACUGCUUCUGUCGCAAAUUCGAUUAACGACGAAUCACAAGACUUUGGAAAUUUUGUAGCAAAAAAAUUAAGAAAGUACUCAGCUAAAACACAAAGUUUGGUUCAAAAUGCAAUAAUGGGUAUUUUUCUGAAUGCAGAAAAUGGACUAUAUGAACAGCCUUUGUAUAGUUAUCAUCAUUCUUCCAACCAUAAAAAUGUGUCCCAUGUUUCUACUUUGACAUCUCCAUAUAUUACUCCAACUACAGAAUCAAUUCCGCCAACACAUAUUGAAGACGAAGACAUUUAAAAUUUAAAAUUAAUAUUAUUUUAAUUAUAUUCCAUGCUUAUUCAUUUAUUUUUUAGCCUCAAUAU